UUAUUAUUAUUUUCUUUUCUAGCUUUCAGGUGUCCCCCACUACCAUCCUCUCCGCCUCAGCCCUUUCGAGAAUAAUAAGAUUCUUUCUGCCCUUACUCCAACCCCUUGCUUCCGAUCGCUACCAUGGCGGCGGCCAUGGAGAGCUUCUCGAUUCGAGAGUACGCGGCGAGGAUGAGGAACGUCGACUACGAGAGGUGCUGGCCGUUCGCCGAGGAGAGAGCAGAGCGGUCUCUCCCUCCCAUGCCGGUUAGGAAGUUCCGGUGGUGGGUGGAGGAGCUACGGGCGGUGCCAUCCGGCGGCAAGAAGGACGGAGAGGCCGACGAUGUGGUCGAAUCGGAAGAGAAAGCUGCCGUGGACGUUGCUACCGGCGUACCAGUUGUCGAAUCCACCGGUGUUGGCCGGGCCGGAGGCGGGAAUGUUCCGGCGGAGCAGAGGCAGGCGAAGAAUCUUCCCUCCAAGCCGAAGCCGAGAACGCCCAAGAAAAGGUCGAUCCUCGAGCUUUUCGCGGUGGCCCCGCCGGUCAGUGGCGGCGUGCAAGAACAAGACCUCCGGGAUGGGGCCGGCGGCAAACUGCAACCGCAAGGAGAGGAAGCAGCCGGUGCGAAGACCAAUUUGGGGGUUGAGGACGGUGGGGUUUUGGUCGAGAUGCGAAAAAGAAAGAAGCGGGUUAAAGACGGUGAGAAGAUGCCGAGGGAAAAGAUUGGGGCAAACAAAAAGUGGAAGACCAAGGCGAAGAUGACGAAUAAAAAGAAGAAGCUCAAUGUGGAGAUCCGUCCUGCGAAAAAGGAGAACUGUAAGCUCAAAAUGUCGUCUCUAGUUGAUAUGAGCAAAAUCCUCAAGAGCAAAAGGUACGAGAAGAAGUUUGGAAAGAUGCAUAAUAGGCUUGUUUGUAACCAGGCAAAGCCAGCAACAAUCAGAACUUUGCUAAAGAAACAUAUAUUCAGAUUUGUUCAGACGUCGAAACUGAUAUCCAGGAACCAGGAGGCAGCAAGGGCAUCUCCUGUACAUAGUAUUUUCAAGAAACAAAAACGAGGCACUUCCACCAAGAAGAGAAAGGCAAUAGAAAAUAAAAAGGGCAGUGAUCUUGUAGAACAUUGUUGUGAAUCAGCCAAACAACUGAGUUUCUCUGGUAAGAAUGGUAAACUUGUGCAUGGCAGAAGUUGUUUGCCUUUAAAGCUGCCACACUUGCAAACCCUUUGCAAAAUGGUUUCUGAUGUCUUGGCUGCAUCUUCAACUAUGGAUAAUUUGAAUAAAUGUCCAUCUGUCACUGAGGGAGUUCACUGGAACUUGAAUGACACAGAAGGUCAGCUGAACUUAAAUGACAAUGGAGUUGUUGCAAGUAAUGGGGAGACAAGUGAAACUUCCUCAGAAGAGCAACUCGAUGGUACUUUUGACCAUCCUACUCCUUCGAACUUGUCAGUAACAAAGAGAUUCCCUUUGGCUGAACUCGUGGACUUAAACCAUCCAGUGAAGGAUCAUGUUGAUUUAAAUGGCGUUGGUUUGGAUGGAUCCACUAUGACACCUACUCCCAUGUACUCAGGUGACCUGAAGGUUCCUGGGCCCAUGAAUAAGUGUGCGCUUGCUUCAGAUCCUGGAACCUCUCAAAUACACAGUUUUUCUCCGAUAUUCAAUCAUACAAACCAUCUGCAUAAUGCCGGAAAUGCUGUUUCAGUUUCUGAUACAAAAAGUGCACUGAGCCUUACCAGAAAACAAGACCAGCACCAUUGGGUUUCUUGUCUGGAUCAAAGCUACUUGGAUUCAAUUUACAUGCAAACUCGUAUGAUGGAUCCAAGAAACAACACAUGUAUUGGCUUUCCAGAAUAUCGAUCAAUGUAUCAUAUACCGAAAGAUAUGUUAAUUAGCAAUCAUUCUUCGGUUGGAUCAAAAGCUAUUGUGGAGCCAUCGCCAGGGCUGGGGCCUGUUUGGAGGGUCAAUGACACCGAGGAGGGUUUUAUUGGAUUGCCUCUUAAUUCACAGGGAGAGCUUAUCGAAUUGAACCCAGGCACGAGGUAUGGAUUUUGUGAGGUCGAUGAAAUGGCAAACUCAGCCUUGAAUUCACUUCAGAUUCUUCCAUCUUCCACUCAUGUUCAGCCCCAGUCUAGCCAUGUUAGGAUGAAAGGCAAAUAUCCGUUUGUGUCAUCAUACCAUGACGAUGAACAAAAUUGGUUCUUGAAACAGCACUAUCCUGCCAGAAAACUAGUAAUAUCUGAAUCGGGUUCUGUUGCAUUGCAAGGUGUUGAGAAAGUGAGGUGUCAAUCCCAUGGCGGAAGACCUCAAUUGUACCACUGCGAUGCAAGACAAGUGGAAUUAUUUUGUUCUGGGUGCAAAGAUCAUUUGGUAACAGAAAAUUGCUUUGAUAGGAUGAGGCUUUAUUCAGAGAAGGAUAUGGAGCUAGGGUCUCAUCCUGCAAUCCAACCUACUAUGCGCUUGAUGGGUAAAACUGUCACAGUUGGUAGCUGCAGCAAAGAACACCAAGGAUGUAAUGAUAAGGAUUGGACUGACAAGGAAAUGGUAACUACAAGCAACCCCACUAUAAGGGAGCAUGACAGACCUAUUUUGAAGCGGUGGCAUGAAGAGGAAUGCAUUAGGCAAGAAGAAUACGAGGCAUCAAGGAAUAUCCCUUUUAGUUCAUUGGACGCCCCUUCAGACAAUUGUCAUGCAUCAGCAGAUAAGCUUACAUCUAACCAUAUGCAUCAUGGUUUUGGACCUAACUGGAUGUUGAAUUAUGGAAAUCCUUCAAGUCGUGGAGAACACGGUUUUCAUAUUGAUUUUUCUCAAAGUCCAGUUCCAUGCCAAUCUUUUCAGAACAGAGCAUCCCACUCUGCAGUCCAUAGUACCACACAAGCUCAAUCUGUUGAUAUGGGACGAAGUAAAACACUUCGGGCAUCCCACCCCCGAAACUUUUGCCCGCAUAUGCUUAUAAAUUCAACCCAUUGCAAGCACAGUCAAAAUGUGUCUUACGGUAUUCCAUCAACUACCCAUCCUUAUAUUAAUCAUGUGCCUGUCCAGACAUCAAGUGGUCAUUCUUUACAAAGAUUCCCCCAUUGGCUGUUAAAUGCAACCAAUCAGCAUCCUUUUGUUCCUUAUCAUCCAUCUGCUGCAUGUCAGUCCUGCAUGAUACCAGCAAAUAGAGGUUUCCCUCAUUCUUCUCCAUAUACAAAGAGUGUAAUAGCUUUCCCUUCAGGUAAUAACAACAGUUCUCAAACUUAUGGCUCAUACACUCCCAUGUCUGUAGUUUACCCUUCUUCUACUGCAACCUUAACAAAUAAUUUCAGUUCAGCAUCCUCAACCUAUGGAGACAAUAGCAAAACCACAGAUGGCAUGCGAUUCAACUUUGCUCAUGUUAAGAGUCAGGAUCAUUCCAAAAGAUUUAGAAAAAGAUCUGCAGCCAAAGAUGACAAAAUUGUGGAAAGAGUGAAGAGGCCUAACCUCAAACUGCAAGAAGACUUAAAUGCUCCUACAUCAUUGAGAAGAGAAGGAUUGAAUGGAGACCAAAAAGAUAAUAUAAGAGAACCAGAAGUCAAUGUUUGUGUGAGUAGAACAGUAGAUGUCUGUCUUCCAGUUAUUGAUGAUGGGAGGGAUAGUGUGGCAAUUUCAGAUGGGUCCUUGCCCUUAAAAUCUAGUCAUCUGAGGCCAGGACCUGUCAAACUUAGUGCAGGAGCAAAGCAUAUACUGAGGCCCAAUGGAAGUAUAGAUCAGGAAAACUUCCGACCAAUUCACUCGACUGUACCUUUUACUCAAGAAGCUAGUGCUGCCAAAGAUGGUUCACAGGAGAAAGCAGCAAAAGUCUACAGGUUUUAGACUUGAAUUGGGGAUUCACUACCAGGCAAAGAGAUCUUGAUGACAUUAAAAACCAUGUAAGAUGGAACUUUCUUUGGCUAGCAAGGAUAUCUUUGAUGAUUGGAUCUUAAAUUCUCAAGAACAGUUAGCAACAGCUGUUCCUUACCGGUGCUGGUUUUACAUAUCUACACAAACGGAUGGAGAAGCUCCCUUGGAUGUCAUAGGGCCACUGCACCUGGUAAUCUGAUGUCUACCGUCCUUAUCGGAGAGCUUGUGUGAGGAAGAAACUAUUGGCAAAGCUUAGAGUUGGCUCCUUUGUGUGGAGAACCGAAUCAUUCAAACCAAGUAAUGACUGAUUUCCUGAGAUGAUGAUGCGGUGUGCACAGGAGCAGAGAGAGGGGCGGCAUCAUCAUCGGGAGGAUGCGCUUUGUGGAUCCGGUCGGGGCGUUUAUUUGUCACUUAUGUGGAGACAUGAAUCAUUUCUGUUUGUUUUCAGAUAUUAAGGAAGGAGGAGGGGAUGUUUAGGAACAAGGUAGAGCGAGAAUGUGCUUUCUAUGCUUUGGUUGCUGUUCUUUCAUUGUGUAUCCUUGUUAGUUUACGAAUUACCAAUUCUCCCUAUGAGCAGAGGGAAAAGAGUUGGUUUCAUUCA